GCGUGCUGACGUCAGGUGCGUGCCCCUGUCCGGCAGGCGAGGAGACCCCGCGCAGUGCUGCCAACGCCCCGGCGGAGAAGCUGAGGUCAUCAUCAACUUUGAAUUAUUUAAAGUGGAUACAAAACUAUUUCUGCCAUGCAGACAAUUAAGUGUGUAGUUGUGGGCGAUGGUGCUGUUGGUAAAACAUGUCUCCUGAUAUCUUAUACAACAAAUAAGUUUCCAUCUGAAUAUGUACCAACUGUUUUUGACAACUAUGCAGUCACGGUUAUGAUUGGUGGAGAGCCAUAUACUCUUGGACUUUUUGAUACUGCAGGGCAAGAAGAUUAUGACAGAUUACGACCACUGAGUUAUCCACAAACGGAUGUAUUUCUAGUCUGUUUUUCAGUGGUUUCUCCGUCUUCAUUUGAAAAUGUGAAAGAAAAGUGGGUGCCUGAGAUUACUCACCACUGUCCAAAGACUCCUUUCCUGCUUGUUGGGACCCAAAUUGAUCUUAGAGAUGACCCUUCCACUAUUGAGAAACUUGCCAAGAACAAACAGAAGCCUAUUACUCCAGAGACUGCUGAAAAGUUGGCACGUGAUCUGAAGGCUGUCAAGUAUGUGGAGUGUUCUGCACUUACACAGGUAAGAGUUGUGUGGAAGGAAUGGUUCCAUGUGGCUGAGUAUUUCUAG